AUGCCCCGGCAGUCGAGGGCACAGGGCCCAGACUUUGACAUCCACAACGACCCAGCCUGCAGUGGCCCUAGCAUGGAAGACGAAUACCGCUACGAAGACGUAGACGAGAGUGUCCUGCACACCUACGACGACAACGACGAGGAGGGCGACAUGUCCCACGUCGACGGCGGCGACAACAGCUCGCACCACGAGAACGACAACGAGGACGACGUCUUCAGCGACAACAGCCCGCGCAGCUCCAUGGGCUCCGUGUCCGAGGACGCGCCGCGCAAGAACGACGCCAGAUCGCUGCGCUCCGACAUCCCGCAGUACGAGGCUGAGGCCGACUUUGUGCCCGCUGCCAAGGGGGCUCCGCGACCGUCGGCCUUCCGGUCUGCCUCGGCCGUCAAAGCCGUGGGAAUGAACUCGCCGGCGCCGUCUGUCUCGGGCCAGCCUCGCUCCGGCCGUCGCAGCGCCUUGCCCACCGUCUCGCGCAUUGGCUCGCCGGGCGUCAGCCAGCCGCCGCAGUACUCGCCCAAGAAGACCCCGCCGCGCUUCAAGAAGAACGACCCGCCGCUGGUGCUCCUGCACGUCACUUUGCUGCCGCUGCGAUGGCCGUGGGGCGAAGUCCUGGACGAGGCCAAGACCAGCGAGCUGAGCGAGGGCGUCAAGACGCUGCGGGAGGCCUGGCGAGAGCUGCAGGACACCAUCGGCGACACCAUCCAAGACCGUGGCGUCCUCCUGCCCCAUCCCCAAAACGACUUUGAGGUCAUGGAAGAGCGCCUUCUGGAGGCUCUGGAGCUUCCCUUCAAGCGACGAGCACGCAUCCUGGAAUGCGGCCAUUAUCUAGGCCCUUCCAACGAGAUGCCCUUUGCUGAUGAACACGACAGCGAUGAGGACGAUGCUUUUGAUGAGGACGGAGAGAUGCUGCCCAGCAAUGACAAGAAGCCAACACACUGGUGCACCACCUGUUCUGGUGAGAUUCCUGUAGACGCCCUCGGAGCUGGCAAGAUUUAUCGCGUCAAAGUCUACGCUAGCAACGGCUUGAUGAGGGCUGGUGCGUGGGAGGCUUGCUGGAAAGAGAUGGAGCGGGUCGACAUUGAGUUGGAGCCCAUGAUGGACGCCAAGCUUCAGGACGAGCUCGUUCACAUUGCCGCACGCCAGGACAGAGUCAUUCACUCAAAGAGCCGAGCAGGCCGACGACCGAUCUCAUCCCGCAUUCAGGAUGUUGAGGACGAACGGGAGGACGAGUUCGAGGACCAUGUUAAUGAGACAAUGAAUGAGGGCGACGAGUCCUUCAUGGACGAAAAGACACAUCGCCGACAGACUUCAUAUGACACGAAUUCCUCUGGCAAAUACCGCCAGCAUUCGGCCAAGAAUUCCAUGGGUGGUCGGUCAUCGACGGGAUUCGUGCCCCAAGAUGAAUCUUCUGGCAAGCAACAACGACGCUUCAAGGCGGGAAGCUUUCCCGACAUGGUCGUCAACGCCUUCAAGACACUGCUGGAUGACAAGAGAAACCUUGCUAUCCUCCUCCUGGGCGCCCUAACCGUGGUAGUUGCGCUUCGUGGUGGCAUUAGCAAUCCACUUGACGACGUUGUUUCCUUCCAGCCAGUCGUUACCGACUUUGAGGCGCCGACUGCAGUCCUUAGAGACGGCGAAGGAGAGGGAAUAGAGUUGGAGGGAGAAGCUGAAGAUGGAACCUCGCCCGUGGAUGAUAUCCUAUUCGCGUCCCAGGCCGACGCUGACGGAGAGAACCCUUGCCCUGCCGUGGAGCCACAGACCGUUGAGAAGUGGAUGACUGCUACGGUGACCGAGAUGUCCACUGUGGCACGUACCGACAUGCCCUCUGUAGACUCAGACUUUUCUGACGACGACGAAGAGGCUAUUGUGGACAAGAUGCUUGCUGGAGACACGCUCACUCUGGGUGAGAACUAUGUUGAGGACGAGGAGGAUAUGCAUGGCCAACAACACUCGAGCUGGAAUUGGGGAUCUCCGUUCAAGCUCUUUGGGUAA